AUGCUUCUCAGCAGAGCUUCUUUGGGCUUCUUGGGCCUUUUCUUUAUGGCCAGCGCGAUCCUCUUGAUCUUCCUUACCCUUCUGGGCGGUGCGCGCAACUCGAACCCUCUGAAUCAGAUUUACUUCCUUCAAGCCGACACAAGCAACAUCCCAGGCGCGCCGUCAACUUCACGCUGGACCUUCUGGAACCUGUGCAGCGUGACAAAUGGCAAGAAUGACUGCGGCAGCUCGCAUCCUGACUUUCCCUUCGAUCCCCCAAGCAGCCGGAAUUUCGGCACCACUGAGAAUGUCCCUUCGGAGUUUAUUGGAACCAACCACUACUUCUUGACCUCUCGUUUCAUGUUCCCUUUCAUUAUUAUUGGCCUCUUCUUCGCCGUCCUCUCGCUCUUCACUGGUCUGUUGGCCAUGUGCACGCGCAUUGGCAGCUAUAUCUCCGGUUUCCUCUCUUGGCUUGCCCUAACCUUCCAGGUCAUCACCACCUGCCUUAUGACCGCUGUCUUCGUUCAGGGCCGCUCGGCCUUCAGUCGCAAUGGCCAGACUUCCAAGUUGGGGGUCAAGGCAUUUGCGUUUAUGUGGACUGCGAGCGCAUGUCUCUUCCUCUCUUGCCUGAUGUAUUGCCUCGGCGGUGCUGUCGGCCGAAAGGAAAGUGGAUAUAGUGGUCGCAAGGAGCGUCGCCGUGGUUUCUUCUCCUCUGCCCGCUCAAAUAGUGUGCGAAGCCAGAAGAAGGAGGAGUCCACCAACUAUGCCUAA